GAACGUCGAGCACACAGCCGCCGCGCCGUAGGGAUCCUCUAGUGAGGAUCCCUAAGCCGCCGCACCCGUACGCGCCACACGGCUGUUCGCUGCUGUGUGCGCGCGCGUCCGUGCUAAAUGGUGGAUGGUCCCAGUCAGUCCCAGCGUCCAUGAAAUAACAGUACCUGUAUGGACCUACUGCCUUGCUGAUAAACAAAAGACAAUAUGACAACCCACAAUAAAUCUUUAAAUUGCGAGAGUUGUAGUCGAUAUCCCUACAUCGGCAGAGUAUCCGUAGGAGAAAAAGAUAGUGUUGACUUUGUCUUUUAAUUUGUGAAGAAAAUAUAUGUUCCCACGAUAAGAAACGGUCAGAAUUUUGGCAUAUUAUUUACUACCUGUAACAUAAUUGGACCACCCGGAUCCUAUAAUUAUGGCAAACAAUUUCAUUUACCAUGUUCUUUUGGAGAAAAACAUGUCAGAUCGAGAAAGGAUGGUUUCGAUAUUUCAAUAUCUCCGUGGCAAAUCAAUUCUAUGAGACCUGAGUAUAUUAUUGAUACUCCAUGGUAUACAUGGGACCAUAUGACGAGCGAAAAAAAAAGUAUUGAUAUUGAGUUUCAUGAAGCUGUAUAUCCAGUCAGAGUCUCUAUUUACGAAACAAUUCGUCCUGGAAGCGUAAUUCAAAUUUUGGCUCAAGAUUCCAAUAAUAACUGGAUUCAGUUGUGGGUUGAAUCGUCUCAGAUUGUACCCCCGAAAUCAAGAUUAUUUUCUCCACCGUUAUCGCAUCCGUGCGACUUCAAAACCAAAAUGCUCAGACUAGUGUUUAAGGACAGCUCACGUACAUCUUCUACACAAGUGUAUGUGAUGCUUAUCGGUACAUCAGAUUUGAUCCUUCCUAGAAAUCCUAACGAGAGUUUAAGUAAUCUGUUAAAAAGAAUUAACAGCAUGUACUCUCAACACCACGACGAUGUUCACAAUUUAACAGCAGAUUCGAAAAGUGCACACUUGGAUAUAGUUCAUCUGCAACGAAAUUUUUCUGAAUAUUGUGUUAUUUAUAAAAGCAAAAGAAGAAUUAAUUAUAAAAGUAAUUUGAAACACAAAAAGUGCAAAAAGGCAUUUAAAGAGGUAAUCCCUGGAUAUGUACAACCUCUUGGACAGAGAUACUCGCGUCGUAUUCUAUCGAAAAGUUACAAGGAGCCAUCACGUUGCAGUUUAUCUGCGCUUCCUGAUGAAAUACUACUUAAAAUAUUUAAAUACUUGGAUUUGGUAACAUUAUGCCGCAUGAAUGAAGUAAAUAAUGGGCGCUUUGAUAUUUUAACAUGGGAUCCUCUACUCUAUACACGUUUGAACAUGCGAUGGAUUAAAUCUGACAAAUAUAUGUGCGAUAUAUUUUGUUAUUUUACACCUAGAUGUAAAUAUUUGCAACAAUUAGAUCUUACAGGAAGCAACUUUGAUGUUAAUGUUUUCGUAAUUUUUCUUGAUAAUUGCGGCAGGCGUUUAACGCAUUUAAGAUUAAGAGACUGCCGCAUGGACUUAAAUCCUGUCCUACUCAAAAUUUCAGAGACAUGCAAAAAUUUGAAAGAAUUGGAUCUAAGUUAUUGUCAUCACAUAAACGACGAAGGAUUUUCGUAUCUCGAAGGGCUAAAUAAUUUGGAACAUAUAAACUUUAUUAGUACACGUAUAACAACUGAAUGUCUUUGCAAAAUACUGCAAAAUAACCAACGGAUGCGUGAGUCACUACUAUUAAUAUCUACAAAUAAUGAUGCAGUUCUAAUAGAGUUGGCAAAUUCGUGUCAUGACUUGGAAGCAAUAUAUUUACUGUACCCACAUGGUCUUACAUCUCAGGGUAUUAAUGCUCUCGCUAACUGUAAGAACUUACAAAAAUUGAAACUUUUUCUAUACGUAUACCCAGUUACUGAUGACAGCUUAUUUAGAUCACUUUCUUCUUAUCAACACUUGCAAGAAAUUUAUCUGGACUUUGUUGUCCUCACUGAUCACCGGUUGGAAUUAUUAGCGCAGUGCAAAAACUUGAAGAUGUUAGAUCUUUAUCGAGCGAAACUUAAUAUACCUGAUAAUUAUUCUAUUAUUUUGAAACAAUGUCCUAAACUGCAGGAGUUUCAUCUCAAGUUCUGUAAUAUAAGUGAUCAAUUAGUUAAUAAAUGGAAGGACAGGUAUCCGCAUGUGUCCGUCUAUACAUACAAAUAAAAUAAAGUUUA